AUGUCACACGCACGGGUGGAAGAAGUGUCGGACUCUGAUCCAGACGACAUGGACCCGUCAGACUUUGAUCCAGCCAAAGACUCGAUCAUAUAUCACAAAGACAUAGAGACCCCGCCGUCCAACAGCAUACCUCACCGUCCUGCCGCCCGGCCUACCACCGCCUCUCCCUCUCCGCCGCUCUUCCCGAGCUUGCCGCAGGUGCACCGCCCCUCCGUCGCCCAGGGUCGCGAUAUCCCACGCUCAUAUCAGUGCCUAUAUCCCGUCUAUUUUGACAAGUCAAGAACCCGCGCAGAAGGGAGGAGAGUGAGCCGCAAACUAGCCGUAGACAGCCCGCUAGCCAAGGACAUCCUAGAUGCUACACAGCUGCUUGGGUUGACCGUUGGUUUUGAACCUGAUAAACUGCACCCUAAGGACUGGUCGAAUCCUGGGCGAGUGCGUGUGAUGCUUAAAGAUGAGGAUAGGCGGCCUGCCAGUUCCAGUAUAAAAAAUAAACACCUGCUAUACACACACGUUGCACAAUAUUUGCAAGCCCAUCCGACCACGGAACAGACUCCCUUCCGGCUGCGGCUACACGGCAUGCCUACACCGGACAAGCCCCCAGGACCACCCGCCACGCCACGGGGAUGGAAAAUCAGCAACAUCCUGCCCUUGCACUCGCCUGCGUUGACUGGCGGCGGGGUAAGCGAUAACCCGUUCAAGGAGGCCAUGAAGGAGAUGCAGGCACAGCAGGGCCUGCCUGGAAUGCCCGGCAUGUCUGCGCCAGCCAGUACGGCCCCAGAGCCCAAGAAGAAGAAGGAUAAGAAGAAGGGAAAGGCCUAG